AUGACUCUUGACCUGGACGCUCAUGAGCAACCAGAUGAAGAGCUCAAGGCUACGUGGAAAAAAUAUUCGAGGACUAACCAUGAGGAAUUCACGAGUCAUCCAGACAUAGAUGAGCUACACCCCCCGAACACUGUGGGCGCAUUCAAGCUAGCAGGUCAUAUCCCAAGUGAAAAUCUCACGACUUCUUUUAAGCAACUCGAAGGUAGUAACUGGGAUGGAAAUCAAACCAUUGAAGAUGCCCCUUUCUAUUUCCAUCCUCUACUCCCAGGCUUGCUUAUAUUUCCCUCCUUAAUACCCCCAAGAACGCAGAAAGCAUUGUUAUACCGCAUGGUUCAUAGGGAUCUAAGCAAUCCUACCCACCAGACUAACUUACACUUACACUAUGAUCUUCCUUAUUUAGAAGGACAAGAUAAGGCAGAUAUUGAUUCCCGGUCUUUCUUCUCUUACUCUCCAGAAGCAUCUGCGAAGUUCCUGCCAAAAGACCCCACUGUUCACAAGUCGCUGUCUAUCAAGCAAGUCCUUGAACGGCGGUUAUCUUGGGUUACGCUCGGGGGGCAAUACGAUUGGACCAAUCGAGAAUAUCCUAACCAAGCUCCUCCUAAUUUUCCUCAUGAUAUUGCCAAUUUCCUUCAGACUCUCUUCCCAGAUACUGCUGCCCAGGCUGCUAUUGUCAACUUUUAUAGCCCGGGAGACACGAUGAUGAUGCAUCGAGAUGUUAGUGAGGAAUCAGACAAGGGUCUUGUAAGUCUCAGCAUAGGCUGUGAUGCAUUAUUCAUGAUCGCGCCAAAUGGCUAUAAACACACGUCGACCGGUAGAGAAGCUUCCGAGAAGCCAUACCUUCUUCUGCGACUACGAUCCGGAGAUGCCAUCUACAUGACCCAAGAAUCACGAUAUGCUUGGCAUGGUGUACCAAAGGUUCUUAAAGGCACCUGUCCAGAUUUCUUAGCCGAUUGGCCGGCAGAAGGCGACAAGUUUCAAGAAUGGAAAGGAUGGAUGCGGAACAAGCGCAUUAACUUGAACGUCAGACAAAUGAAAGACUGA